UAAUGAUGGCCUUUUUGGUCACUACCAGUCCACCCCAUCAUUUGGGAUCCUAGAUAGGAAAUCCUUGGAUUGCCCCAUAGAUAUGAUGGGCCUAGACACCCGACCUCUCAGUGCAAUCUGUCUUAAAACUGAUUUUCGUUUCCUCACUUUCCAGUUGGGGUUCUGUGCCCUGGAGACUUAUGUGGAGAACUGGAAAGGUCUGGACACCUCGGCCUGGGCGGGCGAAUAACCUGGCUGCACUGUGUUGCUGGCGGGCUCCCCGGGGCCGCUCCCCCAAGCGGAGGAGGGAGGUGGUGGAGGGGUGGCGGGGAGUGGAGAGUUAGCUGUGCGACGCGGUGCGACGCGGCGCGGGGCGCGGGGAACUUCCAUCUGAGCCAAGACUCUAGGACAGGUAACGCAUCUGCACCACAGCCAGGAGGUUGUGGGGGCUGCAACCCCGCAGCCUGCGCAGAGUGCUGUCGGGACUCUCGGCCCCUCCUCCUCUCCCGCUUCCGGCCGCCGCGACCGCCCCUCGCCUUCCGCGCGCAACUGCCGGGGGUCGCCAUCACCCGGCUGGUUCUUCCGCUCCAGCCCGGCGCGGCUCUACACGUGCGAGCGGAGCCGCCGGGUGAGUGGAGCCGGCGGGGCCUGCACGCGCUGCGCUCAGAACCACCUAAGUCCGCGGUUAGGCAGUUUAUCCCCAACACAAAGGGUUAAGAAAAAAUGAAACUGAAAGGGAAAAUACCAGCCUAAACUCUUUUUAUGAAUGAGAAACACCAGAGCACUACUUUCUCAUAUGUAGUGUCAUGAAGCCUGAACCCAGGGCAUCACAUAUACAAGGAUGCUGAUCCCACUUCCAAAGAAGAAUUGUUUCCAGUUACUUUGUAACCUCAGGGUGCCAGCAGCUGGUUUUAAAAACACAGUAAAAAACGGACUUAUUUUACAGUCCCUUUCCAAUGACAUUUACCAAAAUCUGGCUGUAGAAGAUUGGAUUCAUGACCAUAUGAAUCUCGAAGGCAAGCCAAUUCUUUUCUUAUGGAGAAAUUCACCCUCUGUUAUAAUUGGCAGGCAUCAGAAUCCUUGGCAGGAAUGUAACCUAAAUCUUAUGAGAGAAGAAGGUAUAAAGCUGGCUCGGAGAAGAAGUGGAGGAGGAACUGUCUACCAUGAUAUGGGUAAUAUCAAUUUGACUUUUUUUACUACCAAAAAAAAGUAUGAUAGAAUGGAAAAUCUGAAAUUAGUUGUGAGAGCUCUAAAUGCUGUCCAACCCCAGCUGGAUGUGCAAGCUACCAAAAGACUGGAUCUUUUACUUGAUGGACAGUUUAAAAUCUCAGGAACAGCUUCUAAAAUUGGCCGGACUACUGCUUAUCACCAUUGCACAUUGCUAUGUAGUACUGACAGGGCCUUAUUAUCAUCUUUGCUGAAGAGUCCUUACCAAGGGAUCAAGAGCACUGCCACUACUAGCAUACCUUCUUUAGUAAAAAAUCUUGGGGAAAAAGAUCCUAUGCUGACCUGUGAAGUCCUAAUGAAUGCUAUUGCUGCAGAGUAUGCUGGCGUUCACCAGAUUGAUAAUCACGUUAACCUAAUAAACCCAACAGAUGAGACACGAUUCCCUGGAAUAAGUAACAAGGUGAGAGAACUACAAAGCUGGGAGUGGAUAUAUGGCAAAACUCCAAACUUUAGUAUAAAUACUUCCUUCAAUGUGUUAUAUAAAGAGUCAUACUUGGAAAUUAAGGUAUUCAUAAAUGUAAAGAAUGGAAAAAUUGAAAUUUGUAAUAUUGAGACACCAGAUCAUUGGUUGCCACUGGAAGUAUGUGACAAGCUAAAUUCAGGUCUUAUUGGCAUUAAGUUUUGCCCAACUGAAACUGCUGUUCUUACAAAUACAUUCCGCAGCACAUGUCCAGAAGACCAUAAACUAUAUAGUAAAUGGAAUAUUCUUUGUGAAAAAAUUAAGGGGAUAAUGUGAUUCCUGUUUGUUUCUUAAUACUGAUAGUUUUAAUAAAAAAUAAA